CGGCUGCGACAUGCAGCGGACGCGCCCCUGCUCAGGGGGCCUGCGAGCUGAGGAGGGGAGGUGCCCUUUCCCCGCCUCCGCCAGCCCGGGGCUGCCGCCCCCCGCGGUGGCUCCGCCUGCGGCCCUCCCCGUUGCCGCCCCCGCCCCCCGUCACUAGGCGAUGCUGCAACCAAGAUGGCGGUGGGCGUCGAGUGAGCGCGAGCGGAGACGGCGGUUUCGCUCCCGGCACUCUCCCCGCCUCGGGCAGGGGGAGGCGGAGGGAUGAGGCACGUCCCAGAUCCCGGCCGGUCGUCGUGAGGGGCGCGAGCCAGCAGGCAACUAUGGCGGGGAUUAUCAAGAAACAGAUCCUGAAGCAUCUCUCCAGCGAUCCCAGCUGGCUCUGGUGGAGAUUGGUUUGCUGUGAAUAUCCUUACUACCAAAAUGAGUACCAGAAGCUUCUCAGAAGCCGUGGCAACUGACCACUUGCUUUCACCAGGAAUAGGGGCCUUUUGUCUGAAUACCUUGCCCUCAGGUUCACCAAAAAUCUGUCACCUGACAAGAUCAACCUGAGCACAUUAAAAGGGGAAGGUCAGCUGACCAAUUUAGAGCUGGAUCAAGAGGUGCUUCAGAACAUGCUGGAUCUUCCAACAUGGCUUGCUAUAAACAAGGUCUUUUGCAAUAAAGCAUCCAUUAGGAUACCAUGGACAAAAUUGAAAACACAUCCCAUCUGUUUGUCCUUGGAUAAAGUUGUAAUGGAAAUGAGCACAUGUGAAGAGCCACGUGCCCCUAAUGGACCCUCUCCUAUAGCAACGGCAUCUGGACAGAGUGAAUAUGGCUUUGCUGAAAAAGUGGUCGAAGGCAUUUCGGUUUCUGUGAACUCCAUUAUAAUAAGGAUUGGUGCAAAAGCCUUUAAUGCUUCAUUUGAACUUUCCCAGCUGAGAAUAUAUAGUGUAAAUGCAAACUGGGAACAUGCUGACCUCAGAUUUACCCGAAUACAAGAAGCUCAACGUGGAGAGGUUUUGACUUUUAAAGAAAUCAACUGGCAGAUGAUCAGAAUAGAAGCAGAUGCAAUCCAGAGUUCUAAGCAUGAAAUCAUGAGUGCUCCAGUUCGACUGAUUACUAACCAAUCAAAAAUUAGGGUCACGCUUAAAAGAAGGUUAAAGGAUUGUAAUGUAGUGGCAUCAAAACUGGUUCUGAUUCUGGAUGAUUUGCUCUGGGUUUUGACUGAUUCCCAGUUGAAAGCCAUGGUGCAGUAUGCCAAAUCUCUUAGUGAAGCCAUAGAGAAAUCAACAGAACAGAGAAAAAGCUUGGCUUCUGAAACAGCACAGAGCUCUGCCCCUGCGCCCAGUUCCCAGGAGGUGAAAGCACACCAGACAACAGCAGCACCUGAUCAAAAUGAUGCCAUAGUAAAAUUGUUUAAUGAUUUUGAUGUUAAGGAAACUUCUCAUCACUUAGUAAUUUCCCAUUUGGACCUACAUAUAUGUGAUGAUAUCCAUUCUAAAGAAAAAGACUCAAAUAGGCGUGUUACAGGAGGGGCCAUGCAGCUUUCCUUCAGCUAUUUAACAGUGGACUACUAUCCAUUUCACAAAGCAGGAGACAGCUGCAAUCACUGGAUGCAUUACAGUGAUGCCACUAAAACCAGAAGUGGUUGGGCCAAAGAAUUAUUAAAUGAAUUCAAAGGCAAUGUUGAAUUGCUUAAGCAGGCUGUGAAAGAUCAGGUCAUAGAUUCUCCUCCCAAAUCACCACCUGCUGUAUCUCCUCAAAACCUACAAACAGGCAAGGAACAGAUACCGAAAGGAACAUCUAGGGCUUCCUCUGUAUCUUCCCAACAACCAAAGGGCAAACUGAUGUCUAGUCCUAUUGUGGUUAGACUUGCAGAUUUCAAUAUAUAUCAGGUUUCAACAGCAGACCAGUGUCGUUCUUCCCCUAAAGCUCUGAUCUCUUGCAAUAAAAAAUCACUUUAUCUUCCACCAGAAAUGCCAGCUAUUCAUAUUGAAUUCACUGAAUAUUACUACCCAGAUGGAAAAGACUUUCCUAUUCCAUGUCCAAAUUUGUAUGGCCAGCUGAAUGCUUUACAGUUCACCCUGGAUGAGAGAAGUAUUCUUUGGCUAAAUCAGUUCGUGUUGGAUUUGAAACAGAGUCUUAUUCAGUUCAUGGCUAUGUACAAGUUAAAUGACAAUUCAAAAUCAGAUGAACAUGUUGAUGUUAGAGUUGAUGGACUAAUGUUAAAGUUCAUUAUCCCAUCUGAAAACAAACCUGAAAUUCAUAAAGAUCAACCUCGUGCACUUGCCAUUCAAAGUUCAGAGAUGAUUGCUACAAAUACAAGAUACUCACCAAACUGCAGACACUCUGAUCUGGAAGCUUUGUUUCAGAACUUCAAAGACUGUGAAUUUUUCAGUAGAACUUUCACCACUUUUCCAAAGUCCCGGAAGAAUUUUAAUCUUUUGCAUCCAAUCUUCCAGAGACAUGCUCAUGAACAAGAUACUAAAAUGCACGAUGUUUAUAAAGGUUAUAUCAUCCCAAAAUUGAAUAAAUAUGCGUUAAAGACGUCUGCAGCUACUGAUGUUUGGGCCUUGCAUUUUUCCCAGUUUUGGAUAGAUUAUGAAGGAACAAAAAGUGGGAAAGGCCGACCAAUAAGCUUUGUGGACUCAUUUCCACUUUCACUUUGGAUUUGCCAGCCAGUAAGAUUUGCAAAGUCACAAAAAGAGAUUUUAUCACAUAAUCAGACAGCUUUGAACAUUCCAAAAAGUGAAUCUAGUGAUCUUGCUAAUAGACUGCAACGUAAAAAACUUUUAAAGGAAUAUUACAGCAGUGAGACGGACCCCUUGACCAACGGCAUUCAAAUGUCAGACACUUCAGGAGUGCUUUCUGAAAACUCUUCCUCUGAUGCAGAUGUACAUGUUCUUGUCCAUGUUCAAAAACACGUAAGCAUGCAGAUCAAUCAUUACCAGUAUCUUUUUUUGCUGUUUCUCCAUGAAUCCCUUGUAUUGCUCCUGGAAAACUUAAGGAAUGAUGUAGAAGCAGUGACAGGAAAACCUGCAAAGCAAACAGAUGUCUGCAUUGGGAUCCUACUGAAAAGUGCCGAACUAGCCUUACUACUCCAUCCAGUGACUCAGGGAAACCCUUGUAAGUCUCCAGUCGUGGAAGAAGAAAGUCCUCUGGCAUCAGAGUUCUCCCCUUUGGGAAAUGGGGAAGCUCUUACUACAGAGAGUAAAUUAGUUGGCAAUAAGGUAGUGCAAGCUGGUAUUACUGAUUUUGAUUAUGUAAAUGACUGCAAGCCUCUGAAUGCUGAAGUUAAUAAAGGAAUUUUAAUAGAUCCUCUUUUGUUUAAAUCGGACAGUAAUACAGAUUUUCAGAAAGGAACAUCAUUUUCAGAUGAUGCAUCAGAUAAAGGUUUGGGAGAUACGAGUGAAGGAGGAAGCAGUGGACUUUUUAGUAGAAGUGAUUCAGAGGAGGUCUGUGGACCUCUAAGUGAGAAAAGUAGCUUGCAUCCUAGGGAUUCAGCAUCCAUUUUAAAUAAAAGAGAAGAUUCUACUGAUUUUUUCAUUGAUAAAGAGGAUGAUAAAAACAUAUUCUCAAAUAAGUUAAAUGAACAGGAAGGUGCAACUGAAAGCUGUCCUCCCCAAGUCCCUGACUUGGAAUCAGAAACUGCCUUAGAAUCUGAAGAGCUUGAAAUCAACAAAGAGAAAGUUACUUCAGUUAGAAUGUUUGCAUCCCAGUCAUCAUCAAGUGCAAAGCCUAAGGAACGCUGCCCGUCCAACCUCCCUGCAUUCUCUGUUUCUUACAAGAAUAUGAAGAGAAGUCCAUCACAAGUCUCUCUGGAUACCAUCUCUAUUGAUAGUAUGAUGCUAGAGGAUCAUUUGAUAGAGAGUGAUGGAAGUGACAGCCAAAGCUUUCUGGAGAAAGGUAUUACAGCCACAAACUAUCAAAGCCCAUCAGAAAAUGCCCAUGAAGGAGGCACAGUGAUUGAAAAUUGUGAUGGGUCAUCUCCAGAUGCCAUGAGCGCUGCUUCAGAGAAUGCCCAUGAAACUAGUGAAGAAAUGAUGUCAGUUGUGGUUUUCCAAAUAUUUGGUGUUAAUGGUGAAAUUGACAUCAGAGGUGAAGACACGGAAAUAUGCCUACAGGUCAACCAAGUGAUACCAAACCAAUUGGGAAAUAUCAGUGUUCGACACUAUCUUUGCAACAGAACUUUUGGUUCUGACUGUAAAUCUGUGGCUGGACCAGUUAAUUCAUCACCUGAGAUUAGUUUGAGAUGGGAAAGUGGGCCGAGUGCUGUCAUACAUUCUCUGCUGGCUGUAAAAAAUGGUUUUCUUCAGUGUCAUGUAGAGAACUUCAGCGCUGAAUUUCUAACGUCUUCCCUCACAAACAUUCAACAUUUUCUAGAAGAUGAAACUGUCGCAGAAGUGAUGCCUAUGAAGAUAAAAGUUUCUAAUGCAAGAAUUAAUUUAAAAGAUGACAGUCCACGUGAAAAUCUUAAGGCAUCUGAGCUGGUACCCAUAAAACUAUAUAUUGACAUACUCUGGAUAGAAAGAAAUGAUGAUGGCUCAUUUCUCAUUAGAGACAAUCAAAGAGUAAAUGAUAUGUCAAAGAGGAAGAAUUCAAGCAGUGCAUUGCAGCAAGCAGCUGGACCUGUUGGACAUAAAACGCGGGACCAAGCCACGCAGACGACUUGUGAAAUUCCCAGACCUCCUAAAUCAAGCAAGGAUUCAGCUGACUUCCUUAAAAAUGAGCUUAUUGAAGAAAAUGAAUGUCUCAAACAGGAACUAGCCAAAGCCAAAAUGGCUCUUGCUGAGGUUCAAAUGGAAAAAGAUGCCCUGCUUCAUCGUAUAAAGAAGAUGAAUGUUGAUCAUCAGUAGGACAGUGUUCUUUCUGUUGGUGCAAGGCAUCAUCAACAGAACUUCAGGUGAUGAUGGCAUCUAAAAUACCGUUUGUAAAUCGCUGGAAGACAUGGUUAUUUUUUUUUGUCACAGACAAAGUUUUCUCAUUACGAACAAAAUGUUUGUGAAAUAGUUACUAUUCUGAAAUUAUCAUUAAACAUUGUAACUUUUUUCAGCCCAUUUUAAACUGAAAUGACUUUGGAAAAAUCAGUUUUUACUGUACUUUAUUAAUUUACUGAAAAAAAAAUCAUAUCAUCUACUUUUAAUAUUAUCUAAGGAGAUGUUAUUUUUAAAAUGUUUUCUGAAAAGUGGAUGGUUCAGCAAUGAAAGAAGGUACCUAGGUGCGUAACAGAGUAAAAUGUACCAUGCCUCAUUAACAAACUGUACCUCUCUUUAAGAUUAUGUUGUUUUGUUAUUACCAGAAGGAGGUUACAUUUGCACUAUGAUGAUAUGGGCUAGAUCCUCUAGAAUAGUAUAGCUACUGAAAAUUAAAAUACCAGCCCUAAACUGGCCCUAAAUUCAGUGUAAUUUGCCCAGAGAGGAUUUUAAGAAUAAUCCUCUGGUGCUAUAGAGUUCCAUAUACCCUUUCCCUAUGCACUCCUAAAAUACCACAGUAAAUGCUGGAGAAUUUAGGUAAGAGGGAAUACUACUGGGCUUUCCUUCUGCGUGAAGGUCAGCUGUAUCUGUACAGCUGAUGUAAUUUAGACAUUCACCCUUUUUUUCCCCCCUCUCUCUCUGAUGAGGAUGUAGCCCUGCAACAGGAUGCAGCCCUUUGCAAAAGGUGAGCUUUGAGCCAUUUUGCAUGCGUGUCUGAUUGCUGCACAACUCGUCAGACAUGCCCAAGGAUUUGGUCCAGUGUAUUUAAAUAUGUCAUGUCAAUGCUUGUGAGGAGGGGGAGGAAAUCCUACAGGGAUUCAUUAAUUGUAUAUUGCUUUUUUUUGAUAAAAAAGCUGUAGAGAAUAAUUUAAUUACCCAGUGAAAUUGUGAGAUUACAUGAAAUGUAAUUAUACAGUUUAAAUCAUGGGUGAUUUGUACAAAUUGAAGAGUAAUUUUCAGCUAAAACCUGGUACAGAUGAAUAAAUAAAAAAGCACAACACUGUAAAAUAGAGAAUAUAAGAGUGUGCUUCUAAACAAUUUAGGAAACAACAUAUAAAACAAUACAUGCCUGUAAGAGAUUUGUUUUUGCUAGAACUAAAAAUGAUGGAAUAAUUUAACUAGUGACCUUGAAUCUGACAACUGAAAAUCUUUUAAUUGCUACCACAAUUCUUUCUGCUCCAUGGGAUGUUUGAGGGAAGUUUUGUUUGUAGAGGUGCAGACACAUCUCAAAGUGUUUAGUAUCCUGUGGUCUGACUUUGCAUAUUCAGGCUGUCAAACUUGUUUUAAUUAAAACGGUUUUCAUUAAAACAUUUUGGAGAUCACAGAAUUUACACUGCUGAAAAUAGUUCUUGAAAGUGUGUAGUUUUUAAUCAAGAACUCUGGAAGAACUGGUUCAGGCACUAUUUUAAAGCCUGCCUUAUGAAACCCUAGUUGAAACUCCCUUUAAUGCCCAUGGAAAUUUUUAUCUUAUUAUUUUGAAUAAGAUGAAAAAAUACACACACAGCUGUUUCUAAUAAAGAAACUAAAUAUUUGUAUUUCAAAAGGUAUUUUAGACAACACAGUAUUAAAUAUGAGUAGUCCAGUUUCAUAAAAAUAACAUGUCAGAUUCAGGGGAGGAGCUCUCAAAUGGUUUAAUUCUGAUUGGUACUAUUAAAGUCAGUAAUUCUUACUUGUUUUGUCCCUGCUAAGAUCUAGUUAGAAUUAUUCUAAAGAAAGGAAUGUAUAGAGUGCUUAGUAGCAUGUUGCUGGAAUAAUACAUUGAGAAUUGUCUAAUUUUUAAAAAGAAAUAAACAGCAAUAUCAAA